GCAUCAUUUUCCCCCGCAUUUUUUCCCCUCAACUCAUCCCACUUCUUCCACUUAUUCUUUUCCCACAAUCAAUUUCUACGUCUAAACCAUGGAAGGCCUCACCCCCUCUCAACUCACAUUCUUCCGUGAGAACGGCUACCUUAAUCACACCCCUCACCAAAUUCACCACCGGCGACGACGAAACCAACAAAAACGACCCCACGUCGGCGACGACUACUUCCUCAACUCCGGCGACAAGAUCCGCUUCUUCUUCGAACCGGACGCCUUCUCCUCCACCCCCGACCCCGCAACCGGCAAGCCCACCCUCCUCAAGCCCAAACAGCAAGCAAUCAACAAAAUCGGACACGCGUUGCACUCGCUCUCCCCGCCCUUCGAGAAGGUCUCCCUGAGCGCGCGCAAUGCCGCCAUAGCCAAGUCCCUGGGCUUCGUGGACCCGCGCUUGCUGCAGAGUAUGGUGAUCUGCAAGCAGCCUGGGAUCGGGGGCGCGGUGCCGCCGCAUCGGGACUCGGAGUUUUUGUAUACGAGGCCGCCGUCAGCGGUGGGGUGGUGGUUUGCGCUACAGGAUGCGGGGCCGGGGAAUGCGACACUGGGGAUGUGGAAGGGUUCGCAUCGGCAGGGGAUCAAGAGGCGGUUCGUGAGGAAAAUUGGGGAGAAUGGGAAGGUUGUUGGGACGGAGUUUGUGGAGAAUGAUGGGCCUGAGAUGCCGAGGGGGUCCGAGGGUUACGGUCAGGACCAGGGUCAGGAGGUCAAGGAUGAGGAUUUGGAGAUUCUGGAUAUCACGGCCGGGUCGUUGGUGCUGAUUCAUGGGAAUGUGUUGCAUAAGAGCGAGAAGAAUACCAGCCCGCGCAGCCGGUUUGCGUAUACUUUCCAUGUCAUUGAGGGUGCGGACGGCUGGGACUAUGAUGAGAGGAACUGGCUGCAGCCUCCGGAGGGUGGCGAGUUUUCCAAGCUGUAUCGGUAGGAGACGAGAAGAAUUGUACGUACCUUACCCUUCUACUUGUCUGCGGUGGCUUCUUAGACAGCUGGAACGCCAAUCCCGCAUAUUGCUUCCAGAUUGCGUCCAAUAUCAUGAAGCCCCCGGUGCUAUGCUUGCCCACACUCGAGCAAUACAUGCC